GCCUCUCUCGUGUUCUAUUUACCUCUGUCCCUCCCUCUCUUCCACUCCUUUCCCCUCCCUCCCCUAUCCCUCCCUCUUUCUCUCUCUUCCUCUCUCUGUCUCAGCAGAGUAAGGCUCAGUGUGAAAAUGCCAUCGUGCUCUCCUGACUGUUGCCUCUUUCAGGCUGUAGAGAUCAUCAAGGUGUACAGUGAAGAUGGCGCAGGGAAUGUGGUGGAGGUGCCAGCUGAUAUGAGGGCCAGAGACGUGUGUCAGUUCCUGGUCUAUAGGAGCCACUGUCUGGACGACAACAGCUGGAGCCUGGUGGAGCAUCACCCACUACUGGGCCUCGAGCGUUGUCUGGAGGACCAUGAGUUGGUGGUUCAGGUUCAAGCCUCUAUGCCCAGUGACAGUAAAUUCCUCUUCAGGAAGAACUAUGACAAGUAUGAGUUCUUCAGGAAUCCCUUGAACUUCUUCCCGGAGCAGAUGGUGGCGUGGUGUCAGGAAUCUAACGGCUCCAUCCCCCACUCACAGCUCUUACAGAACUUCCUAAACUCCAGCAGCUGUCCGGAGGUGCAUGGGUCCCUCUAUCUGAAGGCAUCAGGGAGGAAAUCCUGGAAGAGACUCUCCAUGUUCCUCAGACGCUCUGGACUUUACUACUCCACUAAAGGAUCCUCCAAGGAGCCCAGACACCUCCAGUUGUUGUCAGACCUGGAGGACAGUAGUGUGUUCACAGUGACAACAGGGAGGAAGCUGCACAACGCCCCCACAGCCUACACGUUCUGUAUCAAGCCCAGUAAGGUGAGGAGUGAGUGCAAGGAGCUGAGGAUGCUGUGUGCUGAAGAUGAACAGAGCAGAACCUGCUGGAUGACUGCCUUCAGACUCUUAAAGUAUGGAAUAUUACUGGAUCCGAACUACAAGAGUCCCCAGCACAGGAUGUCUCCGGUCCCACAUUUCUCUACUCCUGUGCGGAGUGUGUCUGAGAACUCUCUGGUGGCCAUGGACUUCUCUGGCAGGACGGGACGCGUCAUAGAGAACCCUCUGGAAGCAGUGAGCGCCGCUGUGGAGGAGGGACAGACAUGGAGGAAACGGGGUCAGCGUAUGAAGGCUCUUGGCAGCCCCAGCCCCCUCCAGCCCUCUUCUCUCAGCUCAGUGAUCCACAGCACACAGCUAUGGUUCCGUGGUCGCAUCAGGAGAGAAGAGUCCCACAAGAUGAUCAUGCAACAAGGACAAGUAGACGGGUUGUUCCUGCUGAGAGACUGUCAGAGUAACCCCAAGGCGUUUGUCCUGACCCUGUGCCACCACCAGAAGAUCAGACACUUCCAGAUCCUACCGUGUGAGGAGGAAGGUCAGACGUCCUUCAGUCUGGACGACGGCUCCACCAAGUUCACAGACCUGAUCCACCUUGUGGAGUUCUACCAGCUCAACAGAGGGGUGCUGCCUUGCAAACUCAAACACCCCUGCACUGCUGUGGCCUUGUGACCCUUCACCCCUGACCUCUGACCCCUGAAUCAUGAUCUCUGCCCCCUGGUCUCACUACACCACCCCCUGUCUGCAGUUAAAUUCUCUACCCCUCGUUCUCUCGUUCGUCAUGGAUUUAAAGGGAAGGAAUGAAGGAAGCUUUUAAAAAUGAGUGGGAGUAAGCAUGUCCACCUUUUAGAGAGAGGGGUGGGGUAUUCAAACCUGGCCACACACAAGGACAGACAGACAAACAUAUGUGGUGAACUAUCGUGUUCUAUGGAUAUCUAUGGAUCCAACCAAGCCCGUUUCCUUCUCCUUCAUCCACCUCAGAUAGACAGACAGACAGGGGGCUGGGCUCCCCUCACUUCCUUAAUGAUCAUCAGGGAUAGACAUGGAUCGAAUCGAUCACAACAAUCGACAAUAUCUCAAAUCAAUAUGUGCAGUACAGUCUUUAUAAGCUGAUCACCUGACGCUUCAUGCUACCUGGGGAGCUGAUGUUGCCUGGGAGGCAUCCUACUCUUCCUCUGCUAUACUUACUGGACCAACCAUGCAACUAACUCACCGAGACUUUAUACAGGGCCCUAGGAGGAGAAAAAGAUAACUACAAAAAGAAAACUCCUUUCAAACAAACGGCCAAGACGUUUGUUUGAAAGGGCAGAUGAAUGUUUGAGUUGGGGACUUCCCUGUCAGAGCUGAUGACAUUGUAUAACUGUUGUAGAACUAUUUGCACUUCUGAACAGACAGCCGACAGUUCUCUUCUGAGCUGGAUGAAGCUGAACGCUCCUUCUCAACCUCCUCUUCCUCCUUUCUUUCUUCUCCUCUUGUCCUUCUCAUCUUUCUACUCCUACUCCCAGCCUACUGAUUGGAUUAGCAUUGCGUUGGACAGGACUGAGAGGCGUGGCUAUUGGGAAAGGUGACAGCUAGGCGGCUCCGCUCCUGAAAUCCUCACCAACCUUUUCAUUCCUACUCCGUUCGGCUCCAUCUGAUCCCAUCAGAACAUUUAGAAAACCAUUACCAUUCCCUGGAAUCAGACGGAAAGUUCAGAUUGUUGAUAACGGGACAGAGGGAAGAGGAGGAGAAGUCUCACAUAGGUCCCCGGAAAACCUGCCCCCUGCACUGUCACUUGAAACUGUCAAGAGUUAAAACUGGAGUCUUUCAGGCUAUGUUCCAAUGUCCACACUAAUAUUGCACUUAGAACAUAUGUCCAAUACCUUGUUACACUCUUAGUAGUGUGCUAGUGUAACAGUAUAACUUUAGACCGUCCCCUCGUCCAUACACAGGCGCGAACCAGGGACCCUCUGCACACAUCAACAACAGUCACCCUCGAAGCAUCGUUACCCAUCGCUCCACAAAAGCC